AUGUGCAACAAAUUCUCUGAGUGUCUUACUCAAGUGGCAAGGUUGAACAAGAGUGUCCAAAAUGAAAUUGACAGUAUGAUGAUUCACCAUAUGAAUCCAUUCCAGAAACUCAAGCGCCCCAACAAACCUCAAACCCACGACGAAGGCCUAUGGGACACAAAAAAAGCUAAGGAGCUAAAAAGAAAGGCUGUUGUGGAAGAGUCGUCUCAAGAUGAUAAAGAGCUCAAAGAAAUUAUGAGGUCUUAA